AUGCACCAACAUGUCAAUGUCAUUGUCAAUGCCUACACUCCCAAGGAGACCGUGGAGCUCAUUGGGCGUGCUGGCGUAGCCAAAGCCAACAUGCGAUUGGACAAGAUGUUCUUGAGCUCUGUUCUUGCGGGGAUGCUUUUGUCGUUCGCCUGUGCUGUAUUGAUCAGCACCAACACCUCGCCAUGGUUCCAAGAGAAUGCACCAGGACUGAUCCGAACGAUUGCUGCACUUGUCUUUCCCUUCGGCCUGACGAUGGUCAUCGUAACCGGUACUGAUCUUUGCACGGGAUCUUUCAUGAUCACUACGAUCUCGGUCCUCCAGCGACGUUUGUCAGUCUGGAAGAUGCUGCUACAUUGGUUCGUCACGUUCUGGGGUAAUCUGGCCGGCUCUCUCUUCUUGGUGGCCAUCAUCACGGGCUAUGGCGGUGUGUUUGACGCCCCAGCAUACCAAAAGGAGGUCAUCAGUUUCGCGAACACGAAGAUGGUUGUCCCGGAGUGGCACUCGAUCUUUCUACGUGGCAUUGGAGCCAACUGGUUGGUAUGCUUGGCAUGCUUCCUCGCCUUCAUGGCAAGAGAGUACUUCUCCAAAGUGAUUGCAAUUUGGUGGCCUACAUUUGCUUUUGUUGCCUUGGGUCUCGAUCACGUCGUUGCCAACAUGUUUUUCAUUCCCACGGCAAUAUUCCACAACGAUCCAUUGAUUACAACCAGCUUCUAUAUCUGGAAGUCUCUGAUCCCUGCUCUCAUUGRCAACAUUAUCGGUGGGGGCUUGUUUGUUGGCAUGGCAUACUGGUAUCUGCACGCUAGUGGCGAGGGCCCGGUUUCUGUGGAUGGUGUGCUGUACGCGGCCGACCAGGAGACCAUUGUGGGACAGAAUGGCACGCCAUCAGAGGCGUCUGUCGAGGACCGCAAGAAGAGCGACGAUGUAGUUGGACCCGAGCACAUGGUUUAG